AGAGGACAGAAGAUCAGGGCAAGAGUACUGAAGCCUUGAAGCAGAAGAGGGAGAGCAAAGGGGACAGAAGACAGGGAAAUCUGUGGGUGACAGAGGCACCUACCAAGGAUGGGGACAAAACGGCACAGCCCCAAGCUGUCCUUGGCCCUGAUGCUUCUGACCCUGGAGGCUGGGUGGGCUCAAGAAGGGUCGGAGCCUGUCCUGCUGGAGGGGGAGUGCCUGGUGGUCUGUGAGCCAGGCCGGCCUGUUGCAGGAGGACCUGGGGGAGCAGCCCUGGGAGAGGCACCCCCAGGACGAGUGGCGUUUGCUGCAGUCCGAAGCCACCACCAUGAACCAUCAGGAGAAACCGGCAAUGGUACCAGUGGUGCGAUCUACUUCGACCAGGUGCUGGUGAAUGAGGGUGGUGGCUUCGAUCGUACCUCGGGCUGCUUCGUGGCCCCUGUCCGUGGAGUCUACAGCUUCCGAUUCCAUGUGGUAAAGGUGUACAACCGCCAAACUGUCCAGGUGAGUCUAAUGCUGAACACAUGGCCGGUCAUCUCAGCCUUUGCAAAUGACCCUGAUGUGACCCGAGAGGCAGCCACAAGCUCUGUGCUGCUUCCCCUGGACCCCGGGGACCGUGUGUCCCUGCGCCUUCGUCGAGGGAAUCUUCUGGGUGGCUGGAAGUAUUCGAGCUUCUCUGGCUUCCUCAUCUUCCCACUCUGAGGACCCAUGCCUUUAAACGACAGAUAUCUAGCACCUGACCCUUCCGCCCUCCCCUGCCCCAGCCCCAGAAACAAGUCUCUUUGGAGCAAGAGAAAGGGCCCCUCCAGGUUGCCUACGGCCCACCUCCUUGCAUGAGAUCAUAUCUAAACACCUAAGGCUAGGAGCAGAGCUAUGGGAUCUCUAAAUGAACAGUCCUCACCAUCCUGCCCGCAGCCCAGGAUUAAGGCAGGAUUUGCCAAGGGGGAAGCUUGCACUUCUUCACAGACUCCACUCCUGUUCUCCACCCCAGCUUCCUGCUCAGUGCUAUUUGGUGACAGGUGGUGCAGGUAAGCCUGACAGGCUCCCACAGGGGCCCAGAUGGACCAGCCUCAUAGUACCUGCAGGCUCCAUCCUGCGAGGAAUGCCAACAAGAGCUCUCAGCCAGCACCCUGUGAACAGGGCUGACAGCUCAACCACAAAAAGCAGUGUGGGGAGGGCCACAGAGCAUCCAUAGCUGGAGAGACAGGAUGGGACCAUGUGCCUACCCUGAACAUGUAAAUGUUCUGCAGGUAAACUGGGACAGUCAGAAGUUAGGAAUCCUGCCAUCCAUCUGUGCCAGGUCCCAAUGGACUCUGGCCCUCAUCUCCUGACCAGAGGCACAGGUGUGUGUGUGUGUGUGUGUGUGUGUGUGUUUGCUCUAGUUAACAGGAGAAACUAGAGCAGGUAUACAGACCUGGAGGCAGGGUCAAAGGUCAUGCUUGAGUCAUUAGUAACCACGUGUCCUCUUCCUCCACCUCCUAGGACUGCCCCACCUUUGAAACCUAAGUUUCAGUCACUCCCCACUCUUGACCAACACCUAGUUCCUCCAGCUGUCUCCCAGCUAAUUUCCCUGUACCUGUAGCCUGUGCUUCCCCCUCUCCCACCCCACCCCUCAUCACUCUUUCUCUAGAUCUGCAUGGUCUUGCUCUCCUUCUUUGGUCUCCUGUUACCUGCAAGUUCAUGACUCCUCCCUCCAACUACUCUUUCACCAACAUCAGAAACUCUCCUUUACCAGGUCAUCCCAGCGGUCCAGCGUGAAUGGACCUAUCUAGAGCAACUGGGGAGCUGCGGUUGUUAAGACAGUGUACUUGUGGUGUUAGUGAGGGUGCAGUUUGGAACAGGGACUAUGGAUUGAAGCACAUAUGGCGUGUUGAAGAGAAAAUAAAUUCA